CGGGGUAUUUCCGAUGUUCUGGAACGAAGACCUGUUUACGCAUGCACAACAUCUGUGACGGCGUGAAGAACUGUCCCAACGGCGACGACGAACUUCACUGUGUCCAUUCUGACCACUGUCCGCCCGCCUGUCGUUGUACUGGUCAAGUGGUUGUCUGCCACGGUGAACUGUUCGACGGAAACUGGACAAACCUUCACAACCAGAUACGCAAACUAGACCUCAGUGGGGCUAAGCUACAACUACUGCCGCAGAGUUACUUCGAGAGUUUAAGGAGUAACUUUCACUUUCUAGGCAGUCUUAAUCUCUCCAAUUCUGGACUUAAAAUGGUGCCACGCUUUCCAAAAAUGCCUAAUCUUUAUGCCCUAGAUCUGAGUUACAACAAUAUCACUAAAUUAGUCAAUCGAACCUUUGCGACCUUAGCAAAUUUGAAAUACCUUAAAAUUAGUAACAAUCCAUUCUUGGAAUGCAUUGCCAAGUACAGUUUUGUUAACCUUGGUAAACUGCUACUUCUCGAUUUGUCUAACACCGCUUUAAGACACCUCACAAAGAAAAUGUUUGAAAAUCUGAAUAAUUUAUUGCAUCUAAAUCUUUCGGACAGUCAGAUAGUUUCUGUAGCAGACAAUACAUUUUAUAACCUGCAUCAACUCAGAGUGCUAGAUAUUACAAACAAUCCCAUAGAACUCUUUCACAGUAAUAUGUUUUCUGGUUUGGAAAGCAUGGAACACUUGUAUUCUCCAUCAUUCAAGUUCUGCUGCAAGGCUCUGUGGCCUGGACACAGUAUGGACAGCGACGAUUGUCAUGCGUUAGAGGAUUCUAUUUCGUCAUGUAAAAAUCUUAUGCAGCGAUCCAUUCUGCGACUAUUUCUGUGGAUUCUUGGCAUCUGUGCCCUGAUGGGCAACAUUGUUGUCGUCAGUUAUCAACACUUUUUCAACAAGCGAUUUGUUGGUCGGACGUACAGUGUGUUUGUAACCAACCUAGGGAUUUCCGAUUUCUGCAUGGGCAUCUACAUGAUAAUCAUAUCUGCAGCAGAUGUUAAAUAUCGAGGAACGUACCUGUGGCACGAGUUGGACUGGCGAAACGGUAUAAUCUGUAAGAUGGCCGGAUUUCUCGCCACGCUAUCCAGUGAAGCGUCUAUUGUGUUUGUGUGUCUAAUAACCACCGACCGAUUUCUCGUUAUCAGGUUUCCUUUCGGCCAGAUUAGGUUCAGACGUCACUCUGCCAUCACGACGGCCAUCAUUGUAUGGGUUGUCGUUAUUGUUGUAGCAACAAUUCCUCUAAUUCCGCCCAUGGACCAGUGGGCACUCUAUAGCCAAAAUGGCGUCUGCUUACCUCUUCCCCUGUCUACGGAACAGCGUCCAGGGUGGCAGUUUACCACAUCCAUCUUCAUUGGAUUCAACUUUCUAGCGUUUCUCUUUAUAGCCGUUGGCCAGAUAGCAAUAUAUAAGUCUAUGAUGAACACUUCAGUGUUACGCGAUAAAGUAAGAACUGCACAGGAAAUGAGGGUUGCCAGGCGACUGUCGCUCAUUGUGUUGACAGAUUUUAUUUGUUGGUUCCCUGUUUGCCUCAUGGGCCUGCUUGCACUGAGUGGAACAGAGAUUGGCGGAGAGGUGUAUGCCUGGACAGCAGUGUUUAUUCUGCCAGUGAAUUCCGCCCUCAAUCCAUUUCUCUACACCAUCCCGUCACUGCUUCGCAGAAGGGGGAAAGACGAACUCGCCUUUUUAAGCCAGUUUUCACCGGUGUUGAGAUUAUCUAGGAUCAGACGGAGGAGUUUUUCGCCAGAUGUAAAGUUCGUGUACGCAGGAUAUCCAGCACCAAACAUGAAGUCUUUCCAUGAUUUGAUCAAACAGCGCAUGCUCACUCCUGACCAGAUUCAAGACCUGUGUGGCUACAUCCUGGCCUCGCUUCCGUCAUUGAACAUUCGGUCGUCCGGAUCGAAACACGUCAAGAUAUUUGUCAAGAUGAACGGAAACGUACUUAGCAAAGUUUGUCUCAAUAUCGUGGAUAGUGCAGCAGAUGACCAGGAAGGUAUUGAAUAUGGAAUCAGUGCCGUGCUGAACAACUUGCAUUACAACUCUACUGACGUCACCAGUAACGGUGACGGUUGUUAAACAACUAACGUCACAACUGUACUGACGUCACCAAUAACAGUGACGGUCAUAAAACAGCCACCAGUCUACCUGUCGUGUUGUUUUGUAACAAGUGACUCAUUAAACAGCUAAGACUACAACUACUGGUAUUCUCAACCACAGUGACGGUUAUUAAACAGACACCAGUCUACCUGUCGUGUUGUUUUAUAACAAAUGGCGUCCACAACCACAGCGACGGCCAUUAAACAGACACCAGUCUACCUGUCGUGUUGUUUUGUAACAAGUGACUCAUUAAACAGCUAACACUACAACUACUGGUGUUCUCAACCACAGUGGCGGAUAUUAAUCAGAUACCAGUCUACCUGUCGUGUUGUUUUAUAACAAGUGACUCAUUAAACAGCUAACAUACUGGUGUUCUCAACCACAGUGACGGUUAUUAAAUAUACCCCAGUCUUCCUGUCGUGUUGUUUUAUAACAAGAGACUCAUUAAACAGCUAACAUUACAACUACUAGUGUUGACAACCACAGUGACGGCUAUUAAUCAGAUACCAGUCUACCUGUCGUGUUGUUUUAUAACAAGUGACUCAUUAAACAGCUAACAUUACAACUACUGGUGUUCUCAACUACAGAGACGGCUAUUAAUCAGAUACCAGUUUACCCAUCGUGUUGUUUUAUAACAAGUGACUCAUUAAACAGCUAACAUUACAACUACUGGUGUUCUCAACCACUGACGGCCAUUAAACAGACACCAGUCUACCUGUCGUGUUGUUUUAUAACAAGUGACUCAUUAAACAUUUAACAUUACAACUACUGGUGUUCUCAACCACAGUGACGGCUAUUAAUCAGACACCAGUCUACCUGUCGUGUUGUUUUGUAACAAGUGACUCAUUAAACAGCUAACAUUACAACUACUGGUGUUCUCAACCACAGUGACGGUUAUUAAAUAUACCCCAGUCUACCUGUCGUGUUGUUUUAUAACAAGUGGCGUCGCCAACCACAGCGACGGCCAUUACACAGACACCAGUCUACCUGUCGUGUUGUUUUGUAACAAGUGACUCAUUAAACAGCUAACACUACAACUACUGCUGUUCUCAACCACAGUGGCGGCUAUUAAUCAGAUACCAGUUUACCCAUCGUGUUGUUUUAUAACAAGUGACUCAUUAAACACCUAACAUUACAACUACUGGUGUUCUCAACCACUGACGACCAUUAAACAGACACCAGUUUACCUGUCGUGUUGUUUUAUAACAAGUGACUCAUUAAACAGCUAACAUUACAACUACUGGUGUUCUCAAACGCAGAGACGGCCAUUAAACAGACACCAGUCUACCUGUCGUGUUGUUUUAUAACAAGUGACUCAUUAAACAGCUAACAUUACAACUACUGGUGUUCUCAACUACAGAGA